UUCGAUUUAAAAAUAACAGUGGCGUCCUUCUUUCUCCAUCCCUCGUCUCCAUAAACAAUUAUACACCCAAAAACAGCUCUCAAAAAUUCCAUUUUCUCAAUGCUCUGCACAAACAUCAUGGCCUAGCUGUUUCUUGGAUCCCGGGAUUCUGGGUCUCUCGCCCUCUACUCUUAAUAGUUUUAUUAACUGUUCGUAGCCCACGAAACAUGAUUUGGUUUUUCUUCCCCCAAGACCGCUCCAGCUUCCCUCUUUUCUGCGCUGCCUCUCAUUGGAGUUCGUAGCAGAAGCAGCAGCAGUAGUUGUAGUAGUAGUAGCUGUAAUGCCUGUUAAUAAUCCAUGGACGACCCUCUUCUUCGUCUCCUCUUUUUUGCUGCCGCUGCUGCUUUUAAUAAUCCCCGGCUGCUCCGCCGUCAACCACCAAGGCCAGGCUCUUCUCUCCUGGAAGACAAGCUUCAACAAUGGGGGUAGUGUGUUGAGUAAUUGGAACCCUAGCGAUGAAACUCCGUGUGCAUGGUUCGGCAUAUCCUGCAACCCCAACAAUGAAGUCGUGGAGCUCAAUCUGAGGUACAUGGAUUUGCUUGGAACUCUUCCUCCCAACUUCACCUCAUUGAUGUCCCUGCACAAGAUUGUCUUGACCGGGACCAAUUUCACCGGUUCAAUCCCCAAAGAGAUCGGUGAUCUCCGGGAACUCACCCACUUGGACUUAAGCGACAAUGCAUUGACCGGCGUAAUCCCGGUUGAGAUUUGCAGCUUGUAUAAGCUGGAGGAGCUCCACCUCAACACCAACCGGCUGGCCGGAUCGAUCCCGGAUGAAAUCGGCAACCUCACGAGCUUGAAGUGGCUGAUUCUGUACGACAACCAGCUCAGCGGUGGAAUUCCGAGCAGCAUAGGGAAGUUGAAGCGGCUUCAAGCCAUAAGGGCCGGCGGCAACAAGAACCUUGAAGGUCCGCUGCCGCAGGAAAUCGGAAACUGCAGCAAGUUGGUGAUGUUGGGGCUGGCUGAGACGAGCAUCUCCGGCUUCCUCCCUCCCAGCCUCGGCCUCCUCAAGAACCUCCAAACCAUUGCCAUCUACACUGCUCUCUUGUCCGGCCAAAUCCCAGAAGAAAUCGGCGACUGCACCGCCCUCCAGAACAUUUACUUGUACGAGAACUCGCUCACCGGCUCCAUUCCGACCACUCUGGGAAAGCUACGCAACCUCCAGAAUCUCCUUCUCUGGCAGAACAAUAUUGUGGGUACCAUUCCACCGGAGAUUGGUAACUGCAUGAAACUGUUGCUGAUUGAUUUUUCGAUGAAUUCGCUCACUGGAGCGGUUCCGGACAGUUUUGGGAACUUGACUUCUCUUCAAGAACUGCAGUUGAGUGUGAAUCAGAUCUCCGGACAGAUUCCUCCCCAGCUUGGCAAUUGUCAAAGCCUCACGCAUGUAGAGCUCGACAACAAUCAGCUCAGUGGGACUAUCCCUUCUGAGUUUGGGAAUUUGAAGAAUCUAACGCUGCUGUUCUUGUGGCAAAACAAGCUCGAAGGGAAUAUACCUCCGUCCCUGUCCUCGUGUCGCAACCUUGAAGCCAUUGAUUUGUCUCAGAACGCGUUGACGGGUCCGAUUCCGAAGGGCAUAUUCGAAUUGCCGAGGCUGAAUAAGCUGUUGCUAUUGUCGAACAAUUUAUCGGGCCAGAUACCGCCAGACAUUGGGAAAUGCUCGUCUCUGAUUCGUUUCAGGGCGAGCAACAACAAGAUCACCGGGCAGGUGCCGCCGCAGAUUGGGAAUUUGACGAAUCUGAGUUUCCUGGAUCUCGGCACGAAUCGACUCGCCGGAGUUAUACCGCCGGAGAUCUCGAGCUGCCGGAAUCUUACUUUUUUCGACCUGCAUUCGAACUCAAUUGCCGGAAACCUGCCGGAGAAUUUGAAUAAACUCAUCUUGCUUCAGUUUGUCGAUUUAUCAGAGAACAAUAUUGAAGGGACGUUAAGCCCUAGUAUCGGAUCGCUGAAUUCGCUGACCAAACUGGUGCUCGCGGAUAACCGAUUUUCAGGACCGAUUCCGCCGCAGCUCGGUUCCUGUUGGAAGCUGCAGUUACUGGACCUGAGCAGUAACGAGCUCUCCGGACAAAUACCGGCCAGUUUGGGCAAGAUUCCGGGGCUAGAGAUUGCUCUGAACCUCAGCUGGAACAGGCUCUCCGGCAAAAUCCCGGCCGAGUUCAUCGAGCUGAACAAGCUCGGAGUGCUAGAUCUCUCCCACAACCAGCUCUCGGGCGACCUUCGCUACCUAGCGGACCUCCAGAAUCUCGUAGUGCUCAACGUCUCGCACAACAACUUCUCCGGCCGCCUGCCUGACACCUCGUUCUUCGCCAAGCUGCCGCUGAGCGUCCUCGCCGGAAACCAGGACCUCUGCUUCUCCGGCAAGCAGUGCGCCGGCGACAUCCACGGCGCAGCCAGACACGACGCUGCAGCGAGGGUGGCGAUGGUGGUGCUGCUGUGCGCGGCGUGUGCCCUGCUCCUGGCGGCUAUCUACAUCAUCAUAGGGGGAAAGAUAUUGCAGGGGCGGGCCCACAAUCACAACGUCGACGUGGAAGCUGACGUGGAGAUGAUGCUACCGCCCUGGGAGGUCACCCUGUACCAAAAGCUCGACCUCUCCAUCGCCGAAGUGGUCAAGUCCUUAACACCUGGGAACAUAAUCGGACGCGGUCGAUCCGGCGUCGUUUAUCGGGCAGCCAUCCCGUCCGGUCCCACCAUCGCGGUGAAGAGGUUCCGGCUGUCGGAGAAGUUCUCCGCCUCCGCAUUCUCGUCGGAAAUCGCCACCCUGGCACGAAUCCGGCACCGGAAUAUCGUGCGGCUUUUGGGAUGGGGGGCCAAUCGGAAGACCAAGCUAUUGUUCUAUGACUAUUUGCCCAACGGUUCUCUUGGUGCCCUGUUACAUGAAACAGGUGGCGGCGGAGGCCUUGAAUGGGAAACACGGUUCAAGAUCGCUUUGGGCGUGGCGGAGGGCUUGGCUUACUUGCACCACGACUGCGUCCCGCCGAUCCUCCACCGAGAUGUGAAGGCUCACAACAUACUGUUAGGUGACCGUUACGAGGCAUGCUUGGCUGAUUUUGGACUAGCCCGGCUCGUCCAGAGUGAACCGGGUUCUUUUUCGGCUGACCCGCAAUUCGCAGGCUCCUUCGGCUACAUUGCACCCGAGUACGGUUGCAUGAUAAAGAUCACCGAGAAAAGCGACGUGUACAGUUACGGUGUGGUGUUGUUAGAGAUCAUAACAGGAAAAAGGCCCGCGGAUCCAUCAUUGUGCGAUAACCAGCACCACCUAAUCCAGUGGGUCCGGGAGCACCUGAGGAGCAAGAAAGACCCGGUUGACGUAAUCGACCCGAAGCUACAGGGGCACCCCGAUUCCCAAGUACAGGAAAUGCUGCAAGCGCUUGGCAUUUCUCUGCUCUGCACCAGCAACCGCCCGGAGGACCGCCCCGCCAUGAAGGAUGUGGUGGCGCUGUUGCGGGAGAUCAAACAGGAGGGGGCGGCCGCGGGCGACUCCCACAAGAAGGGAGAGGGCCGGCCGGCAAAUCCGUCGUCGACUGGGAGGCCGGCAGAACAACUGCUGCUGCUGCAGGGGCAAAGGCAAGGGUCGUCGAAUUGCUCUCUUGUGUACUCCUCCUCUUCGUCGGCUACUUACAAUAUUAAUUAAUAAUGCCAGUUGCCAGUAGGAAUAAGCAUUGAUGAUGAAGAAUGAAUUACUAGGGUUGAUUGUAAAGAGCUAGUACUUAGUAAAUUAGGGAGAGUUGUGAUGAUAUUAAGAUUUGAAUGGAAUAUGUAUAGCAGCCUGUUUCAGAUGAUUGUUAUUGAUCCAUGGUACGUGGUGUUAGAAAUUGAGAAUGAAGCUAGCUUGCUAGAAACUUGU